UUUACAUUAUUCAAAUUUAACAUGUGCAUGUGCGAGUCUGCUCAAUGUUUGGAUGAGGUUUGUUGCUCUCUAAGAGUAAAAGCAAUAUUUCUUGGUGUGUGGACGUUAGUACAUGGCAUAUUAUUUGGAGUAGUAAGCGGUAUUACCAGUUCAGAAGUCGAUGCUACUGCGUUUGUCGCGUUCGUAAUAAUUUGCUUCCUGCAUACUAUAGCUGGGAUCUUGCUACUAUUGGGCGUUUUUAAAAGUAUGCCAAACAUAUUCCUUGCUGGCAUCAUCACAAGCUCGUUUCUGCCCUACUUUUUGUUUCAGCUAAUUUAUCUACCAAUCGUGCAAAUCAUAUUUACCAUCACAGCUUGCAGAUAUUAUAAAAAAGUACUUGAUCAGUAA